AUGGGCGACUCGCGUUCUCUUCUGCUUCCCGGCCCCCGGUCCGCCCUCUUUCCGGCGACCUCCUCGGCGUCCUCAUCAUCGUCUUCCUGUCGCCGGCGAUCAGCCAAGGACGAGUUCGUCAAGCUGUGUUCAGGCGGGCACCUGGGGCAGGCCUUCAGUGCCUUCCGAGCAGAGAUAUGGGCGGACCCUUCCCUCUUCAUCCACAUCCUGCAAACGUGCCUGCGCAGGACGUCCCUGCGAGGUGCCAAGCAGGUGCACGCCAUCGUGCUCACCGCCGGCGCCUCCGGCGACCGGUUCAUCUCCAAUCACCUCCUCAAUCUCUACUCCAAGAUCGGACUUCUGCAGGAGGCCGUUAAGGUGUUCGCCUUCAUGCCAAGGAGGAACGUCAUGUCCUCCAACAUCCUCAUCGGCGGGUUCAUCCAGAACGGCGACCUGCAGUCGGCCCGCCGGGUGUUCGACGAAAUGCAUGAGAGGAACGUUGCUACCUGGAACGCCAUGGUGGCCGGCCUCACGGAGUUUGGACUCAACGAGGAAGGCCUGGAUUUGUUCUCCCAGAUGCACCGCCAGCAGCUGAGGGCCGACGAGUUCACUCUGGGAAGCAUUCUCAGAGGAUGCGCCGGCGUUAAAUCCGCCCUCUUCGGCCGCCAGAUCCACUCUCUCGUCGCCAAGUCCGGCUUCCAAUCGGAUCUCUGCGUGGGGAGCUCUCUGGCUCACAUGUACAUGAAGUGCGGUUUCCCGGAGGAGGGGGAGAUGGCGCUACAGAGCCUCCCCUUCCUCAACGUCGUCGCCUGCAACACCAUCGUCGCCGGCAGGGCGCAGAACGGAGACGCGGAGGGAGCCCUCCGCCACUUCUCCCUGAUGAAGUCCUGGGGGGUGGAACCGGACAAGAUCACCUUUGUCAGCGCUGUCAGCUCCUGCUCCGAGCUGGCGACACUCGGACAGGGCCGGCAAGUCCACGCCCAGGCCGUCAAGGCCGGGGUCAACUCUGAAGUCGCCGUCCAGAGCUCUCUGGUGAGCAUGUACUCCAAGUGCGGCAGCCUGAGCGACGCCGCCGCCGUCUUCUGUGAGUCGGGUGCUUCAGACGACGUCUUGUGGAGUGCCAUGAUCGCCGCCUAUGGAUUCCACGGGCACGGACGGAGAGCCAUCGAGAUGUUCGAGAGAAUGACGAUGGAAGGAAUGGAGCCGAACGAGGUGACCUUCUUAGCCGUGCUAUACGCCUGCAGCCACACCGGGUUGAAGGAGGAAGGAAGGGCCGUCUUCAACCUCAUGACCUCCGAUUACGGCCUCCAGCCUCGGCUGGAGCACUACACCUGCAUGGUGGAUCUGCUCGGGAGGGCGGGGGCCUUGGGGGAGGCGGAAGGUCUGAUCAAAUUCAUGCCCGUCGAAGCCGACGCCGUCAUAUGGAAGACGCUCCUGUCCGCCUGCAAGAUCCACAGGGAGACGGAGAUGGCGAAGCGGGUGGCGAAGGAGCUUCUGCGGCUGGACCCCCUCGACUCGGCUUCCUACGUACUCCUAUCCAACAUCCACGCCACGGCGGAACGGUGGAAGGACGUCUCCGAGGUGAGGGAAGCCAUGAGGGGGAUGAGGGUGAAGAAGGAGCCGGGGAUAAGCUGGCUCGAGCUGAAGAACAAGGUCCACCAGUUCUCCACUGGGGACCGAUCGCACCAGAGGUGGAGGGAGAUCGAUGGGUUCUUGAGCGAGCUGGCGACCAAGAUGAAGCAGCGUGGCUACGUUCCCGACACCACCAUGGUCCUCCACGACAUGGAAGAAGAAGAGAAAGAAGAGAGCCUGGCAUACCACAGCGAGAAGAUCGCUGUGGCCUUCGCGAUCCUGAGCACCCCGCCCGGCGCCGGGAUAAGGAUCAUGAAGAACCUGCGGGUCUGCGGCGACUGCCAUGCGGCGCUGACGUUCAUAUCAAAGAUCGCCUCCCGGGAGAUCAUCGUCAGGGACGUGAGCCGCUUCCAUCACUUCAGAGAUGGGGAGUGUUCUUGCGGCGAUUACUGGUGA